GGACACCAGGGACUGCUGACCAUGCAACUUCAAUCACCCAUGUCGUCUAGCACCGUCCAGAAAGAUUCAUACGGACCCCCAACAAAAGCCUAUCAGCCACUUCGAGGGAAGCGUGAAGCUAUGCUGGAGAUGCUCCUGCACCACCAGAUACCGUUCCGGAAGAAGUGCAGCUUCUCAACACCAGUGCCCUUGUCUCUGGGGCAGCCUUUGCCUUAUGAUUUUGAGAAUUCCCCCAACCAAGUGGAGUCAAUGUCUUCGAUUGCCUGUCAGGAAGGAGGGCAGGGGUGUGGAAAGACAAGGACAACUCCAGCCUAAGGGUUGAGGAGAGAAGUAGACAUGGAAUUUGGAGUCUAUUUGUGUUCAUACUGCAGAGGCAGGUGUGGGUUGAGCUAAUUCUCUGUGCUUGAUGAGGGGGUUACAUAAAGCACUCUCCUGCUGAA